UUCUCUCCUCCCCUCUUACUCGUGGCUCCCUGACUCUCUACAUUCUGCUCCAGCUCCGCCGUGCUGCUUGUGUUUUUUUCUUUCUCCAGUCUUGACUGAACCAGCCAGGGAAGAUGUCCUCCAACCCGUACCCAGGAGCAGGGUCUGGACCCGGGGCCAAACCCAAACUCCAGUCCCCCUUCAGGAAGAGGGGUAGCCUGCAAUACUCAACCAGCCCAGUUGACCCCCGUGGUGCCCGCCACCUCCUGACUUCCCAGCAUUCUUUGCCAGGGAUCCCCGUGGCGCUGAAACAAACCAUUGACCUACGCACCUCCAUGGACGGCAAGUACAAGGAGAUCGCGGAGGAGCUGUUCUCUCGCAGCAUAGCAGUGCAGGAUAUGCUCAGCGCCCCCUAUGAGUUCCCUGAAGACAGUCCAAUAGAACAGCUGGAGGAGAGACGACAACGACUAGAGAGACAGAUCAGCCAGGAUGUCAAGUUUGAGCCAGAUAUCCUUCUCCGAGCCAAACAGGAGUUCAUGAAGACUGACAGCGCUACUGACCUAGAAUACCUGAAGGAGCAGAGCCAGGCAUUCAUGGACCUGUACCCCAAGGAGAAAGACCGAGAAGGAGAGAAGGAGUACCAGCGGGUCUCCAUCUCUGGAGAGGAGAAAUGUGGGGUUCCCUUCACAGACCUGCUAGAUGCUGCGAAGUGUGUGGUGAAGGCCUUGUUCAUCAGGGAGAAGUACAUUGGCCUGUCCAUGCAGAGUUUCUGUCGGACCACAGCCAGCUACCUGGAGGAGCUCAGUGACAGACCUCUAGAUAUGGGCAUCUACGAGGAGAUCCCGGAGACCUCUGUUACUGCAGACCUAGACCAGACGGUCCACCCUCCUGUCUCCGCCACUCACCCCUAUGAGAACCAAGACACUUCCUGUAUGCCUCCUGACAUAGGCUACGGCUGCAACAUGGUAAACGGUGUCGUCCAUAUCUACACUAAGAAGGACACCAUGGAGAAGAGCACAGAGUUGGAGCUUCCUUAUCCAGACCUACAGGAGUACAUCGCUGACAUGAAUGUCAUGAUGGCUCUCAUCAUCAACGGACCUGUGAAGUCAUUCUGUUACCGUCGGUUACAGUACCUGAGUUCUAAGUUCCAGAUGCACAUCCUGCUGAAUGAGAUGAAGGAGCUGGCAGCUCAGAAGAAAGUCCCUCAUAGAGACUUCUACAACAUACGCAAGGUGGACACCCACAUCCACGCCUCGUCCUGUAUGAACCAGAAACACCUGCUGAGGUUCAUCAAGAGGGCCAUGAAGAAGUAUCCAGGGGAGAUAGUCCAUGUGGAGAGAGACAAGGGACAGACGCUCAUGGAGGUGUUCGAAACCAUGAACCUCACAGCCUUCGACCUGAGUGUGGACACACUGGACAUGCACGCUGACCGCAACACUUUCCAUCGCUUUGACAAGUUCAACGCCAAAUACAACCCCAUCGGGGAGUCCAUCCUGAGAGAGAUCUUCAUCAAAACAGACAACCAUGUAGAGGGGAAAUACUUUGGACACAUCAUCAAGGAGGUGAUGGCUGAUCUGGAGGAGAGUAAAUACCAGAACGUGGAGCUGCGUCUGUCCAUCUACGGCCGCUGCAGGGACGAGUGGGACAAGCUGGCCCAGUGGGCCGUCAAACACCAAGUCUACUCUAACAACGUACGCUGGCUGGUGCAGGUCCCACGACUCUUUGAUGUGUACCACACCAAGAAGCAGCUGGGUAACUUCCAGGAGCUGCUGGAGAACAUCUUCAUGCCUCUGUUUGAGGUCACCGUCGACCCCGCCAGACACCGUGAGCUGCACCUCUUCCUACAACAUGUGGUGGGCUUCGACAGUGUGGACGAUGAGUCUAAACCGGAGCAUCACUGCUUCAACAUGGAGAGUCCUCUGCCAGCCGACUGGACAGAAGAAGACAACCCUCCUUACGCAUACUACCUGUACUAUAUGUAUGCUAACAUGACCGUGCUCAACCACCUGCGCAGGCAGAGAGGUUUCAACACCCUGGUGUUGCGUCCUCACUGUGGGGAGGCGGGGCCUAUCCAUCACCUGGUGUCAGGUUUCAUGCUGUCAGAAAACAUCUCCCACGGACUGCUGCUCAGGAAGGCCCCCGUCCUGCAGUACCUCUACUACCUGGCUCAGAUCGGCAUCGCCAUGUCUCCUCUCAGCAACAACAGUCUGUUCCUCAGCUACCACCGGAACCCCCUGCCUGAGUAUCUGUCCAGGGGACUCAUGGUCUCGCUGUCCACUGACGACCCUCUGCAGUUCCACUUCACUAAGGAGCCCCUGAUGGAGGAAUACAGCAUCGCUGCUCAGGUGUGGAAGCUCAGCUCCUGUGACAUGUGUGAGCUGGCCAGGAACAGUGUUCUGAUGAGCGGCUUCUCCCAUAAGGUGAAGAGUUACUGGCUGGGCCCUCACUACAUCAAGGAGGGGCAGGAGGGAAACGACAUCCGACGCACCAACGUCCCUGACAUCCGUGUGGAGUACCGCUAUGAGACCAUGUGUGAAGAGCUUAACCUCAUCACCCAGGCCAUCCACACAGAGGAGCUGGAGGCCAUCCACACAGAGGAGCUGGAGACCAUCCACACAGAGGAGCUGGAGACCAUCCACACAGAGGAGCUGGAGGCCAUCCACACAGAGGAGAUCCACACAGAGGAGCUGGAGGCCAUACACACAGAGGAGCUGGAGGCCAUCUACACAGAGGAGAUACACACAGAGGAGCUGGAGGCCAUCCACACAGAGGAGAUCCACACAGAGGAGGUGUAGGCCAUGCUGUGUAUGGGGCCUGUGUAGGGGAGAGAGGAGGGAGGAGGACCAGGGAAGAGGAGGGAGGAGGACCAGGGAAGAGGAGGGAGGAGGA